AUGAAGCUCCACCCCCCGCCUAUCGUACACGUCCGUCUCCCCUCUUCCCCUUCCCCAUCAAUACUACAGCUAACUUCCAUCACCAUCGGUCAUGUCAUCUGCUACAUCGCCCUCGGAUCCAUCCUCAAAUUCCAGAAUCCCAACAAUAUCCAAAUCGAAGUGGGCGCUACUGUGAGGAGGUAUUAUGGUGCGGAUUAUACGCUUUUCCAACGGGCGUUGAUCAUCAGGAACUACGUGGAAGCUCAGCUUUUGAGGCUUGUCGAAGAGUUUAAGCUGAACAAGCCCUUCUACACCGACCUCAACCAUUCCGGCCUCACGCACGGCGGACUCCCUCUCCUCAUCUAUCACUCCAAAACCACCUACUUGGACGCUAUCCAAAAAGGCGGCAGCACCCUGCAACCGCAUUACUUUGAACAUGGUACGACCGACGCGCGGGAAGUGACGAAAGGGUCGAUUGAGGGGAAGAGGGUGGAAGUGGAGAGGGCUGUUGGAAGUGUGGUGUGUAAGAAAAUGAUGGCAGAGAGACACAAGAGAGAGGCUGUGGCUGUGUGA